GUACCGGUGUACUAUGUUGUUUUCGUUGUGCACAUUGUUUAUUGUGCCUCUAUGUCAAGCGCAUUUUAAGGGAUGGUUUUGGGGAGGUGGAGGUGGUGGAUCUAGUGGAGUAACGGCGAAGAAGAUAGCAGACAAGGCAUACAGUCAUAAGGACAGUACUGAAUGGGCAUUUGGAGGUUGUAAAGGAGGCAAAAAAUUCUGCAAUGCAAAUAAAUGCAAUCUGUUUGUAAACGAUGUGCUGAAAAGUGUUGGUGCAACUGUUCCUAAGAGAUAUACUUGGUGGUAUUCUCCAAUUAGUGCAAACGACUGGGGAAAUCCGAAUUCAAGCAGUGUUAAGAGCACAGGAUGCUACACUUUAAUCAGCAGUUUCCGGUCUAAACAACGUGGUGAUGUAAUUGCUUUUCCAGCAUCGAGCGGUAGCGGUCACGUUGGAAUUGUGUAUAAUGGCUUUACAUACAUCAGCGCUGGUAAUAAUAAAGUAAACAAGAAAGGAUAUCCUAGCGGAAAAGAAACAACCAUCUGGAGAUACAAGUAUAACAGCAGCAAAUGUUAAAUUGCAAUUAUAGUACUGCCUAAAAAUUUCAUUUUAUUCACUUCUUUCUGAUUUUCGUUUUAAAUUUAUUUUACAAGAGUUGAUAAUGUUGACCUUCUUUUGUUAAAUGUUUAAAACACAUGUAAUUAAGAAAGAUCUUCUUGAUUUGUUUUUUUUUUUUUAUUUAUCAAAUAGUAAAACAAAUCCUGUUUCAUAUAAUAACUGCAGUUUCAAAUGCAAAUGUUUAUCAAUAAAAUAUCAGUAUUCAGCUAUA